AUGACAGAAGAUCAAGAUCUCAUGGCUAAGAUCAGCCAGCUUGCUGGCCAGAUCAACCGACAUAAAAACCAACACACCGAGUCCCCUUACACCAGCGAAAUCCCCGCCGGCCAAUAUGCAUCACGGCAUGUGCCAUCGCGGGGACGAGGCUGGGCACCGUAUCGCGGCCGACAGUACCACCCCCGCGGCGGCCGCCCUGUCGCUGCCCCCCACCGCCACCGAACGCUCAUCCUCAACAACACCACCACGGCUUCGGGAACCCCCGGCUCAACGCCUUCUGCGGGAGUCGGGGCGGAUACUGAAGGGGAAGCCAGCAGCAGCACCACCACCAACAACAACAAAUGGGUGGCGAAGCGCGACCGGCACAUGCAGUUGAUCAACUCGGCCAUUUACGACAAGGAGGCUCAGUCGCGCGCCAAGGCGAUGGAGGCGAGCCGCAAGGCAAAGUCGCAGAAGAAGGCUCAGAUCGAGCAGGCCAGAGUGCUACGGUAUGCGCAGGGCCAUGGUCGGAUGUAUCAACCGUCGGGGUUCGGCGCCCCGCCGCAGGUUGCUACCACUGCUACCGCCGUUGCCGCGGGUGAGCCGGGUGCGGAAUACCAGGUUCUGGUCAACGAGGUGCCCUUCCGAGUUGCGCGCGGCGGAAGUAAAUUAAUCAGAGUGUCUGAUGAUCCGAACACAGCCAACAACACGCCCAAGAGAGUCACGAUCGCUGGAGUGGUCUUUGUGCGCAGCAAAAAUGGUAACCUGCACCGGCUGGGUGCCGUUACGUCGAAAAGAAAGCCGAUGGCGAUUAAGAAGAAGGACGCUCUGUGCCAGCGAUUUACUACUACGGGCAGUUGCUACAAAGGACCCUUGUGUCCCUACACGCACGACCCUCACAAAGUCGCCAUUUGCAAGGACUUUCUUCAGACUGGUAAAUGCAACUCAGGUAUGAGUUGCGAUCUCUCCCAUGAGCCUUCGCCCCACCGAUCCCCUGCAUGUGUGCAUUUUCUUCGCGGGCGCUGCGCAAACCCCGAGUGUCGCUACGCCCAUGUUAGGGUGACACCUGGCGCUCCUGUGUGCAGAGACUUUGCCAUCCUAGGAUACUGCGAGAAAGGCGCCGAGUGCGACCAACGACACGUGCACGAGUGUCCCGACUACGCCAACACGGGCGUGUGCCAUAAGAAAAACUGCCGAUUGCCCCAUGUCGACCGCGCAGGGCAGAUUAGGAAGAAUGCCGCCACCAAGACUGAGGGCGACGAUGAUGACGAGGAGUCGGACGCCUCCAGCGAUGACGAAGAAUACGACGCAAUCGACUCGGAUGACGUCGACUCGGACGAUCUCGACGACGAUGAGCCGGAGCUCGUCGCUGCUGCCGGGGAUGACAUUGGUGACCUCGCGCGGCAGCAGGACUUUGUCCCCCUCUAA